AUGGGGAUGUCAUCUUCAUCUUCAUCGGCCACAUCAUGUUUCCUCGUCUUUCUUAUAGUACUCAAUAACCAAACACUCUCCUCCGCCGCGCAGCCGAAAAUGCACGAAUUCCAAAGGAAGCUCCGCCAGAAAACCGCCGCUUUCAGCAGCUCGGCCGCCGCAAAUUCCAACCCUCCCAAGAGCAUUGGCAGAGUAUUUUAUCCGGUCGGGUACGGAGCAGAUCCGACGGGUGUGAAGGACAGCUCGUCGGCGAUAAUGGCGGCCAUAAACGAGGCUGCGGCUACAGCGGCGGGGCAUGGGCUGAUGCCCGGAAUUAGAGAUUUUGGAGGCGCCAUCAUCGAUUUGCUAGGUGGGAAUUAUUUGAUUAGCAAGCCCAUCACAUUUCCAUCUGGGAUUGGCAACAUUGUGACGCAAGGAGGCAGCCUGAGGGCAUCCAACACAUUCCCCGGCGACAAGCACCUCAUCCAACUCAUCUUCUCCCCUCCAUCUCCCAAAUUAACCUCAUCAUCUCCGGCCAACUUUUCCGACCAAAAAGACAGCAACUCCGACAACAUCCGCUACGAAUCCAUCACUUUCCGAGACAUCCUAUUCGACUCCUCCCUCCGGGGCGGCGGCAUUGCCGUGUUCGACUCCGCUCGUAUCCGCAUCCUGGACUCCUUCUUCCUCCGCUUCACCACCCAAGGAAUCCUCGUCCGCCGUGGCCAUGAGACCUUCGUCUCCCGUUGCUUCCUCGGCCAACACCCCAACGACGGCAACGACCCAACCGAACCCACCUUCGCCGGCACCGGAAUCGACCUCUCCGGCAACGACAACGCCGUGACUGACGUCGUCGUUUUCUCCGCCCUCACCGGAGUCUCCAUCUCCGGGCAGGCCAAUAUCAUCACCGGAGCCCAUUGCUACAAUAAGGCCGCGGGUUUCGGUGGUGUCGGGAUUUACCUCUUUAAAGGGUCGACCCAGAAUCGGAUCGUCAACUCGUAUUUGGACUAUAACAGCAUUGUGAUUGAGGAUCCCGAUCGGGUCCUUAUCUCCGGAGGUUUUUUUCUCGGCGGGGGGAAUGUGAGGUUGAAGGCGGUGGGUGGCGGGAUAUCGGGCCUCACGAUUGUCGACAACAUUUUCUCCGACGACAGGAAAAAGAACGUUCCGUGCGUGGAGCUCGACGGGCGUUUCGGGAACAAUAUCGAUCAAUUGGUGGUGGACCGGAAUGUCGUGAAGGGGAUGAAGAUGAGAUCGACGGUGGGGAAAACGGUGGUGAGGGGAAAAGGGAAGAAGUGGAAGGCCGAUUUCUCGGAUUUUCUAUUGUUUCCAGAUAAAAUAAACCACGUCUCGUAUUCGUUUUACCUAAAGGGAGAUCAAAGGUUUCCGUCGCAUGCGGUGACGAACGUGUCGGGGAAUGUUGUGGUGAUCGAGAGCCGGCGUGAGGUGGAUGCCGUGGUGUCGGUUUUGGUUGAUCAGUAUAACACCGUUGGGGAGGAGAAAUUGUAA